AUGGCAUUUGCACCGUCGAGCGUGCUGGCGCGUGGGAGCGCUAGCGAGCUCGUGCAGGGCCUGUUGCGCUGGACUACAAAAGCACGCGCCAGUGCGCCCAAGGCGUUUGGCGCACACGACGCGCCGCACACGCGGGAAGAUGAUGCAGAGAAACGCACCUUUCGACACUGGAAGCGUAUGGCUUCUGGCCGCUGGAAUCCGCCACGCUACAGCGCACGACGUGAGGCACAGCUUGUGCAUGCUGCAUUUCAAUGCGGACAGCUGGACGCAAUUGCGGGGAGCAAGAAAAAAGACCAGCUUGUGCAGCGGCUUGCGCGGCAGGAAACACACGAGCUUUUCGAGCCGUGGCCGGCGGUGCGCAUGCCGCGACUCGCUCCGGCAGACGAUGCAAAAGAGGCGCUGCGCAUAGCAAAGAAGGCACACGAUGCGGGCCCGUACGCUGGCCGCUCCUCGAAGCGCAUGUUUAAAGGGUCUGCGGCGGAUCGCGCGUCACACACGCGUGCACAGACCGUUGCGGAGAAUAUGCGCACGAUGGACGACACCGUGAGGGAAUGGCGGCAGGAAAAGAAUUUGGCGCGUGCCAAGGCAAAACCAACGAGUCCCUUGUAG